AUGAGGCAGACUCGGAUGCUCAGCCUGCGGGCUGGGAUAUGGGCCUUGAUUGUGCUUACCCUUGGAAUUCUGUACAAAGCUUAUGUGCAUAACAUCAUUUUUCUCACAAUCGGCGUCGGUCGAGAUAUCCAAUCCAUUGAUGAAUUCCCAUGGACUUGCACUCGCCUGCAGCAUCCUCUCUUAGAGGGAUGUGAGGAUAUGUGGUUGGAUGAGCAAGGACGAAAACUGUAUGCAGCAUGCAGCUCGAUAGGCACACGACAAGGAUGGAGUCCAGGUGGCAGCAAAUUCAACAUCUCCGCGAGAUCUCACACGGAUCAUAUCGCAGUGUUGAAUAUUGACCAACCGGGCCCGGAUGGGCUGUAUGGCCUUCACAAACUUAAAGUUGGCGGUUACUCCGGCGAUCUGGAUCUGCAUGGCUUCGACGUGCGCAGUGUCAAAGGCAGGCUUCGAUUCUGGUUGAUCAAUCACAGACCUCCAGUCGAUUCUACAACAGGGCAGUUCCUUGAUGCCCGAGCCGUUGGUGCUAACUCGACCAUUGAGAUUUUUGAUUUGGACGAUGCCUCGGAGACAAUCGAGCACGUCAAGACUAUAGUCAGCGAGGCGAUCAUCUCGCCCAACAACUUGGCCGUUGACAAGGAUGGCUUGGGAUUCGUGAUUACCAACGAUCGCAACGCCAAGGUUGCCACUAUUCCGGAGGUUGGAAUGUUGAUUGGCGGAGGAAGUCUCACCUAUUGUCGAUCUGACACGGGAAAGUGUCAUAUCGCUGCCAACAAGGGCUUUUCCUUUGCCAAUGGAAUCGCACAAGGGGACGGGCUUUACUAUGUAGCUCAUUCAGUGACUGGACUUGUGACUGUCCACAGAUUAGUUGGCGAUCAGCUGAUUCAAGUGGACACAAUCUACACGAACUAUCCGAUCGAUAAUCUGUCUCUCGAUGCAGAUGGGAACCUCCUGGCUGCCGCAUUUCCCAACUCCAUUGCGUUUGUGAAGUCCAUGGAGGAUCCAUAUCGAGUUGUUGCCCCUGCUACCGUUCUCGCGGUCAAUGGAAUAUCCACUCAGCUGGAAACUCGUGGCGGGAAGGAUAGUGAGGUCUUGAAGCUCGUGGAGGACAGAGAUGCCAAAUGGCUUCCUAGUUCGACUGUUGUGGUGCAAGAUGUGGAAUCACACCGCUUGUUCCUUGGGGGAGUUCUGUCACCAUUCAUCACUAUAUGUGCAAAGCGUCUGUAG